AUGGUUGCACAGCCUAUGUACAGGUCAACUGAAUACAGAUUUACAUUAACAAAUAUUCUUGAAGAAGAUAUUGAUGACGCGACAUUAACUUUACUUCAACACAAUGAUCUUAUUCAAAUAUUUUCUCGAGUAAAAGAUCGUGUGAAAUUUGUUGAUCAACGUACAAAAUUAAUUUUACAUCAUAAUGAUCAACAAGCAAAUAGAGAUGCAGCUACUCUUGAUGUAUUUGAUUCAGCAUUAUCAUUAGUUCAAGUCUAUGAUGGAUUAGAGAAUAAUGAUAUGCUAAAUUCGGUAGAUGCAAACGAAAAUAUAGAAAUAAAUAGUCGUGCUUCAGCAAUAGAUCCUGGUUCUUCAUCAAGUUUAUCUCUUAAUGAUGAUGCAGAUGUUCAUACUAAACCUAUGUUACCGGAUGAUUAUGAAGGACCAAAUUUGACUAUUAGAAUGGAAGAGUAUAUUGAACAAGAAAAUAUAUCAAAAUUUAAUCCACACAAGAAUAAGAAGUGA